AUGAGUUCGAUUAAAACAAGUCCAACCAAAAAGACAUCUGAAUCCACUACCAAACAAGAUACCCCCAAUGAUCAGACUAAUAUUGAAAACUUUGAUGAAGAGCCAUCCAUGCUCUCGGAUCCUGAAGAUUAUUUAGAGGAAAAUGAAACAUUGGAUAUGAAUCUCUCCAAGGGGGAUCAGAAAGUGUGGUUAGUUAAACUACCAAAGUAUUUAAUGGAUGAUUGGUCCAACCCCGACUCGAUGAAUGGCCAACAAUUGGGUAAUGUGAAGAUAAAAAAGGACGCACGGGGUAAAUUACAGGUUAAAUUGUUAUUGGACAACAAGAACGACAGGAUACCAAAAGAGUAUGAUAUCAAAAUGUUAAACACCCAAGUCCGCAAUUCGUAUGUGUUCACCGAAGAGAAUUUGAAAAAGUUCAAACAAGAAGUGACUGAAGUUUCGGAUAUGCCAGAGCAGCCACAACUAAAAGAGUUGAAUCCAGAAAAGAAGAAGUUCCAAGUAAGACGAAAAUUUAAAUACUUUAGGGUACAGAAAGAGGGAGAGAAUGGCCAACCAGUUAAGAAGUAUAUUCCGUUUGUUAAAACAAUCCCGAAAAAGACAAGUUUAAUGGGUAAAGUGUGCCACGAUUGCACAGUGGUACCAGCAAGGACGGGCCUGAAACAUGGCGAAUCGUUAAUGAAACAUCAAAAUAUGACCCAAGGAAAGGAACGACCAAAAGUUACGUUGUUGAAUGAGAUCCCUGGGGUCAUUCAAUCUAAUGCAGGUCCGUCAAUUAAAGGAAAUGCCGCCUCUAUAUUCUUGAAGUCGACUCAAGGUAAAAACAAAAGUGAAGGCAGAGCCAUCAGAAUGCCCAAAAAGGAUUUAUUGGACUUGUUGUUUAGAUUAUUUGAGGAGUAUGAGUAUUGGUCAAUGAAAGGGUUAAAGGAGAGAACAAGACAGCCUGAAUCGUACUUGAAGGAAUCGUUAGAAUCCAUUGCUACUUUAAUCAAGAGAGGGCCAUAUACAUCAAAGUAUACGUUAAAGGCAGAAUACAGAAGAUUAAGAGAUGCCGAACGAGCUGUCAGACUCGGCUUGGAUGAGGAUGACCAGAAUAAAGAAAACAACGAAGACGAGGACGAAGAUGAAGAAAUGGAAGAUGUAGUAUAA